GCGCGGACCUGGUUCCCGUGUUCUCCUUUGGCGAGAAUGACAUAUACGAGCAAAUGCACAAUGAACGUGGGACGACCAUCUUCAGGCUGCAAUCGAGCUUCAAGUCGAUGUUUGGGUUCACGCUGCCUCUCUUCCAUGGGAGAGGGCUUCUAAAUUAUAACAUCGGUCUGAUGCCGUAUAGACGGCAAAUCGUGGCUGUCAUUGGAAGGCCGAUCCAUGUCACGCGUUCAGAAAACCCUGCGCUGGAGGAAAUCAUCUCCGUGCAAAAACAAUACAUCGAAGAACUGGAGAGGUAUCAACUUGUCUACACGUCCUCGAGAGGUACUGAUAUCAGUUCUUUCAAGAAUAUGGAACACAUACAAAGACAUCUUUGCCAAGGCUCGAACGAAGGAACUUAACAUCAUCGAUUAGUGCUGGUCAUUUCACUCGCUGUCCCCAUAGAUUACAUACGUGAUUAAACACAUUGUAGAUGUACAUUAUCUUAUUUGCAUUUCACGUUACACCGGGUGCUCUCUGUAUCUUACGAUGACGAUCCGUAGCUACAUGAUUGAUGGAUGGGUAGUCGCUGAAUGCAAAUUUCCUUUUCGGGCGCGUCGGUGUAGUUCAGAUAGCCGCGUUUGCACACGUUUGACAGAAACUUGCGACUUGCACACCCAUGCCUAGUCCCGCAAACUCCGAUUCCGAAGCGUCAUUCAUUCUCGUAGGCCAAGAGUCUGCUUCUGGCUCGGAUAGUCCUGCAGGACCUAUAGCCCCCGCCAAACCUAAACCUAACCACCCAUCCCUGAAUCACACAAAAUACGUUCCAGGAAGCGCUUCGACAUACGCGCAUGACUGGUCCGACGAGGGCACGGCUGGAGGCGUGCGGGCGCACGGGCGGCAUUUCAUUGAUGGACACGGACGCGCAUGCCAGCUGCGCGGUGUGAAUCUCGGCGGAUCGUGUAAAACCCCCUCGAAUGAUGACAAUGCAACUUUCCCUCAUGGUGCGAAGGGCGUCACUUUUGUCGGGCGGCCGUUUCCGCUAGAAGAAGCCCCGGCGCAUCUGGCCCGGCUCAGGAGGUGGGGGUUAUCGUUUGUCCGCUUUCUCUUCACCUGGGAAGCUAUUGAACACGCUGGACCAGGCAUCUACGACAUGGAAUACGUGCAAUAUGUGCGCGAGUUGCUGUCCCUCCUGCCUGAAUACGGCAUGUC